AUGGAAACUCAUCGCGACUCUCCCGUCGCUGACGCACCUGUGGCGAAGACCAACUCUAGAUCCCAGAGCCCUACGACCUACCGAGCAAUGUCCUCGUCCUCGCCGACCGCGAGACUCUCGCCCGGACUCUCUUAUGCGUCAGCCGUAACCGGCUCGCCUAACAACGUGAAAGCAACUGAACUCGUUGAUGCCAGCCCGGCGCCGCCGCCGCCGACCCCAGCCUCGCAGAACGCCUCUAGCCGUGACAACCAGCCUCUCGAGAGCACUGUCGCAGACGAGACUGGUUGGAAGGUUGUGUCCCACAAAAAGAAAGGCAAGGCGACGGCUGUAGCCAACACUCGUCCUAACGCAAACUCCUCCCGCUCCAACAACGCACGUCGCGCCGUCCUUGACAAUAAUCAGAUGGACCUCGACAGUCCUAACAGCGAGCCUCGUAAGCGUCGUCGCACCGAGGACGACCUCGGUAACGAGGACUCUGACGCUAUCAUCGCUAAGGUCCAGAACGCUCCACCUCGUGCAGAACAACCUACCUCUAUGACUCCUCUUGACGUCUCUCCUAGCCCCUUGACCUCCGCCUCGACUAAUGAUCGACGAGGAGUCGCGGCUGGCAAACGACCCUCUCAUACCAAUGUCACUGUGGCUGGCAGCGAUGUCGACAUCGAGUUCGCCAUUGCACCGGACUCCGAAGUCGUCGAGACGCUCCUCGUACCUUCGACCUCCUCGUCCCGCAGCGGCAACGUCGCCUCUUCAUCCCGCAAAGGCAACGUCGCCCCCUCGUCCCGCAGCGGCAACACCGCCGCCUCGUCCCACAAUGGCAACGCCGCCUCCUCAUCCCGUAACAAUGCUGCAUCCUCGUCCCUUCAUUCUAAGGAGGCCUCCUCUUCCCGACGACAGAUGCGCGCAGCGUCCUUCUCGUCUGACUCUGACGACCAGAGCUCCUCCCUCGCAGACAUCCUUCCUCUCUUCCCGCUGCCGCCGUCCUCUAUCCCAGCGAGCACCCCGAGGACACCUGCCCGGCAGUCGAACAGACGACCCGACACGCCUAUCGUACCUCCACGAGGACACCACUGGUCGGAUGUUAGCAACGGCAGCACUAUCAGGGAAGAAUCGUCGACAUACUCGGAGCGCAGCCCUUCCAUCCCCGAGGUCGAAAUGAUCGACGCCACCCGCCCCGCUACCCCGCCGCCUACAUCCUCGCAUGCUCGCCGUCGUCGCCGUCGCCGCGCGGAGCGCGCAGCGCGCAGUGCAAGCCGUAACAGCCGCUCCACGGACGACUCCGUGCUCGAUGGUCCGCCCGUUCCUUUCAACAUUGACGAACUUGACCCUGACAUCAUCAUUCCUCCCCCGGGCUCCUGGCGCCCAGUGCAAGGCGACAGCGCGAGCUGGAAAGGACGUGGCAUGGCCACGCCCCAAUGGGAGUCCUGGGACGCCCUCGACAGAGAAGAAGCGGUCCUUGCGAUCCAAAUCCCAUUCCACGGUGCUGAAGAGCCCGGAGUCAACGUACGCAUUGACAUGAUGCUCAACGUUCUUCGACGACUUCUACUGAUCCCAAGCGCGUACAUCCUCCCAGGCUACUCGCCCGCGGGCUACCACGGCAUGAACGUUGAGCCCUUCUGGUAUCUUGGACGCGGUAUUCCUCUGACUGUGAUAGUCGCUCUUGUCACUAUGGGUUGGUUCAACUCCUCAAUAAUUACUCUACACUUUGACUUCUGGCGUGAUAAUAAUCCCCAUCUAUGUGCCAUGUUCCGUCUAAUCCACAGAUUCGGCGCGCAGUCGAAGGCUGAGUACGAGGAGCUCGUCCGGCGCGAGCUCGUCGACUCGGAGCUCUAUGACGUCAUCUACGAGGUCCUCAAGCGGGACAUGGAGCGCGGUGGCAUGUGGCGCAACUCACGACGAGUGGACGCGCUAAACAGGGUCCUCGAAUCUGUCGACGUUGAUGUUAUUAACUGCCGUAUCACCGCUAACACGACCGAGCCCGUUGCAGUUAUCUAUAUGAAACCUCCCACAGCUGACCGCCGCGACUGGCAGCGCUUCAGCAACCAGCUGAAGAAGCACCGCUUCGGCUCCAACAUCGCCGGCCACCCCGAGCCCUUCACGAGCCGAGUUUGGUGUGGCUACUGCCACUCGCUCGGACACACGGCCGGGACCUGCAGAGUACGCAACACGCCCGGAUGGCACGAUGCCCCCCUACCGCCAGCGAUACAGCCCCCGCAACAGCAGUACAACGCGACGAAUGGUGGUGGUCGUGGACGAGGAAAUGGUUGCGGCCGUGGCCGCGGAAAUGGUCGUGGACGAGGAGGCAAUGGUCGUGGAGGAGGAAACUUCUGA